UGGUUGCAGUAGCUGUUGAACAGUGACUUUUGUCGGUUGAUACGACAGGUUACCGUCAACAGUCAAUCAUUCCUAUUGGGUUAUAAGACAGUUUUGUUUCAUCAGCCAUUUUUUCAUGUAAGCCUAACAUUUUCUUACAUUUCUGUUAUCAGUGUGGGUUACAUUUUAUCAUUCGUUCUGUGAUAACUGGUUUGUGAAAGAAGUAUUUAAACACAAUGGGUCCCAUAAAGCCGAACCCAGCGAAGACACUUCUCCGCAACGAGAUAGCGGCCCGCAUAGCAACGCUAAGCACAGAAGAGAAGAAACGACAGUCGAAGGCUGUUUUUGAAAAAGUAAUAAACCACCCAUACUACAAAUCCUCAAAACGUGUGGCCCUCUUCAUGAGCACCGAUGAGGAGGUGGACACAGCCCCCCUUAUAGCCCACGUCAUGCAGAGGGGGGCUGCAGCCUUCGUCCCCCAGUACGCAGGGGGAAAGAUGAGCAUGCUCAGGAUUGAACCAGGAGACGAUAAAAAUAUGGCGGUCACGAAGCAUGGAAUUUCGCAGCACUCCAAAGACCAGAAGAGGGAAAAUGCUAUUGAAGGAGGCGGCUUGGACCUGAUCAUCGCACCAGGGGUGGCGUUCUCCCGCAACGGAGGGAGAGUGGGUCACGGAGGAGGAUAUUAUGAUAAAUUCAUCGCCAGUCUUAGGGCUAACCCUGAGAAGGCUCCUAAGGUGGUAGCAAUAGCCUUCUCAUGUCAGGUUGUGGAUGAAGUGCCGAUGGAUGAACAGGACCAGAAGAUUGAUGACGUCAUCUGUGCCGAUUAACUCGUCAAAUAAACUUGCUGAUAUGAUGACCGUUUUGACGUUUGUUCCGCUCAUCAAGUUGCGUGUUGGUUAAUAACUACGCAAAGACAUAGAAUAUGGAAUUACUACUUAUAGAACGGCAACCUUUCGCUCCCCACCAGUGAACUAAGUUUUGAAACAGCCACACAUUGUAAAAUUUAUUUUUAGCUACCUGUGUAUUAGGCUAUUUGAAAUAAAUAUUUUUAUUUAUUUA